AUGCGCAUUGUUGAGGUACUCGAUUACAAUUCCACCCCUAUACGUGGACCAGUUGCUAAGGGUUAUCGAUUUAGUUGCUCACUUGCAUGCACCCAGUCACAUAAGAUAUACUGUGCUCCGAAAGCACCAUCGAAUGAGGAACCGAGUAACACAGCGACCGAUGUCGAUCCCACACCCGAGAACGAGGCCAACGGCCCUACACCUGCAGAGCCAUCUGGCACCAAUGCUACUGCGAUAACCCCUGCAGAAGUGGGGGCAUCGUCAGAGAUGAAAGAGCUUCUCAGCCAAUACCCGGAACUGCGCAGCCUGCUACAAGAUAUGUUCCAGUCGACCCUGGAAGAAGAAUGGGUGGAAUCUUACACACCCCCUGCACGGAGUCGUGGACGUGGCCGUGGGCGAGGUCGUGGAGGGUCAGCUCCUCGUAGCCGUGGCCCCUGGACGUCCGAGAAAGGCUUCAACCGCGGGCUGGGCAGAGUCCGGAAGCUGAGACAGGAUUGUGAGGACGGGACGGAAACUGGCCCGACCGCGGAGGCUUUCAUGCGGUUUAUGGCACUUGUCAAGGGCAAGGACACCGCCUGA